GCUACAAAUCAAAGGGCUGAUGUAAUCGUACUUACGACAUACUCCGUCUCGCAACAGCGACCUUGUGAAUAUUCCUUUGCAUUCUUUCGUUAACUUUAUGACAUCUUGCUAUCUAUUUGACUGAACAUAUUUGUUGCAGAGAUACUGAAUUUACAAAAACCCCCAAGAAAACAAGACACUCUAUUUAACCCCCCAGAUCUUUGUUCUCCUUGAUACCUAUAAGGCAUCAAAUUUCCAUCCCAUGGCCACCAACGUCAAGGUUGUGGGAACCGACCUCAAGCAGGUGACUAUUAAGGUCAAUCCAGGCACCUACUUGACAGAUAUCCUAGAGCAGGCCUGCGAGAAGCUCAAGGUCCCUUCAAGCAAGUACUUAUUAAAGCAUAAGCAAAAACAACUAGACCUUUCAAACACAUGGCGAACCUCUGGUCUCGUACCCGGCGCGAAGCUCGAACUCGUCGUCCGAUCUAAUACACCUACCGCGAUCAACGUCGCAUUACAAUUCCCGCCUCCCGAGUCAAAUCUCUUCCCGCCGUCCGGUCGAGUUACGGAGAAGUUACCGAGCGACUUUACACUAUGGAAGUUACUACGUCAGUUUGAGAGUGGUAAAUCAAGUCAAGGGAAGAAUCUGAACAUCACGGGAAGGGGAGUAGCACAAACGAAUAAUGGCAUGGCUGUGGGUAGUGGGCAGUUGUAUUAUGAGACACCAGUCUUGACGAUCGAAAAUAGAACGCUCUCAACCUUCGCCGAUUUCCAAAAGACCCUAUCGCAGCUGGGAUACAAUUCGGGAAGCGUCUUGAUACGCCUUUCUUUCCGGAAGACCGAUUGCACUUUGGUAGAUGCCAUGGCAGAGAUGAGCCGUCACUUCAAAGCAGAAGAAGAGGAUCGGAAGACAGAGUCUAAUACUGGAUCUACAAGAAACAACGAAACACUCAAUUUGAUGGAUGCUAUGCCUGAGGAUAACGCACCAGGUAUUCCGUCAAUAGGCACCCCACAAACAGAGACAUCUCCUAUCAUUCAAGAAGAUAUCACAAGUCCUUCUACAACACAGGCACCCGCAACAAAUGUCGACGCUAUGGACAUCGACGUACCAUCCGCUGACAACCGUCCCGUGACAAUCUUUUCUGCACCAGCAUCAGGCACCCCACUCGCAGCCCUCCGAGCAGAUUCAGACGACGCUUUCGCUCCACGUAUCGAGCACGCGCAGGCCCACCAAAGACUCCUCAAGACCGCCGGAGAAAACAAGCGUCUUCUCUCAGACAAGGAACUCGAAGCGAAAGCCGCAGCCGAGGCCGCCAGAGUAUCCGCCGUCAAGUCCAUCCAGAUCAAAGUCCGAUUCCCGGACAACUUCUCCGCGGAAUGGCCCUUCGGCCCCGACGACACCGGCGCCGCGCUAUACGCCGAGGUCAGGAAGGUGAUGGCCAACGAGACGGCGCCGUUCAAACUGGCGUUGCCUCCUGGAAAGGUUGUGAUCAGGGACGACGACAGCGGUCCGACGAGCAAGCUUAUCGGCGGGUAUCGGUUGAGUUCUAAUACCUUAGUUAACUUCAUGUGGGAUGAGAAAGUGCCGGUCGAGGUCCGGAAACAGCCUUUCUUGAAGGGUAGUGCCGUAGGUAGGGCUCAGACAGUGGUUGUGCCGGAGGAGCCGCCUGAUGUUGUGGAUGAAGCAGGCCCUAGUUCUCAUGUACCCGCACCAGCACCAAAACCGAGCUCUGGGGGAGACGGUUCUGGGUUUAAGAAACCCAAGUGGUUAAAGGGACUUGGUGGUAAAAAGUAAAAAGGGUCGAUACUAAGUAAGGAACUGGGACAUUUACUAGUCUCUAAAAUGGUGACGGUGGCAUUGUAUGGAGUUCCGGCUGUAUUGAGGGGUUCACGAGCAUGUCUUACACUAAACUGGUCAUCAAUGAUUCGA